AUGGUCAUCACGUCCCCCAACAUGGACUACGUCCCGCAGUAUCCAGUCGAGAGUUACAUCGUCCAGACGUUUGCGGACGGUCGCUGGGGGGUGCAUGAAUACUCCCGGUGGCCUCAGAUGCUGCUGCCGGAGAUGAUGCACGUGGCAUGCAUUCCUCGCAAGGAACUGGCUGACGCCUCUCGCAAGAUCCUGUGGGAGGAUCUACGGCCGGAUGUCCAUUGGACGGAGGACCCAGAGACCGGAGUGAAAGGCCUCGGCUUCUUGAAGAAGGAGACGCGGGACGCUCUCGCUGACGCAGCGGAACUGAUCCUGGCGACGACGGAGGCUCACUGCAGAGGUACGGAGCCCAUCCGAGCGCACUGUCGCUUCAUCAGGAUGAUUCUCCGCCAAGUGGUCGAUCGAAUGAAGCAACUGCCGUCCACCAGCGGCAUAGCCGUGGCGGUAGGUGCACACGUUCAGCGGCUGGGUUUGGAGCUCGAAGGGAUCUUGGCGUACCUCGUCUGGUUCGAGCCCCGUCUCCUCGGAACCACCAACUACUCCCAUGACGUCCUCCCCGUCCUCGGCGCAUUCGUCCGUGAAGGCACAGAUGCACAGACGUGCGUCCGUAUCGGCCUCCCUACGUGGUUUCUGCAGCCCCUGACGCACCAGGUGCGGGUGUGGAAGAUCGUCACCGCGGAGUCGGUCGACGAGAGAGUGCCCCUCUCUCAUCCCCCCAUCUUCCAGAAGAAACAGGCAGUCGCUGGCGUUCUGAAUCUCACCAGCAACUGGCUCAGCACGAUGUCGCUAGCGGUGUCGAAGCAGGUGUGCGGUACGCGUCUGAUGGGGAUGGUUGCGGAAGGCGACGGCGCCGGCCUUACUUCGGCGGGGGGCAGCCCAAGUAAAAGACCUCGCAUCGACGCAUCUGACAUGCAUUCGAAGCACUUGGACACUUCGGCGGCUGACGAGGCCGUCACUCAACCUGAGGCUGGAGUCGAUCGGCCGGCGCCGAUCGCGGCCCACCCGUCACGCUCGUUUGCGGCUUCGCCCUUCUACUCGGUUCCCCACGUCUGGCAGCGCGCCCUGGAAGGUGUAUCGCCCCUCCCUCAACCCACCCUAUCCGUCGUCUACUUCUAUCCACCGCCUUUCCUCCUCGACACCGUCUCGACCCUGGCCGUCCACCGAUAUCUCCACAAUCUUGUGCGGAUUCGCAGGUUUUGCCGGACGCGGCUGUUCGAUCCAUCCAUGUCCAGUCAGCCCCUGACGAUCGCCGAAUGGCGCGCAGCGCUUUGGGGUGACUACGAGGUCCAUACGCAUCGCGCCGGCGGUCAGACCGAAGCGGAUGUGCGCCGCGCGCAGAAGCGGCAGAACGAGCGGAACGGGAUCAGCCGUCUUCUUGGCCGUACCGCGCUCCUUCCGUCGUACCGCCCAGACAGCACACCCUCGCUGGAGGGGAGUCCGAUUUCCGCCCAUGCGGCGGCGUCGACGUUGGAAGUUCGUGCCCGUCUGUUGUGGGAGGCUCACGAAGUGAACUUCCGGUGCGAGCUCAUGGCGCUCGACACGGCCAUCGUCCACCGCCCGGACUGGACCGAAAUGCUUCGGUGGGGGAGGGAGGCCGCCGUCUCCGGCAUUUGGGGCCCCGACACAUCCGUCGUCAGCGUUAUCCCGCCCGCAGAGAUUACGCAGGAGCCCUUCUGUUGGUCGACGCCUCCCGAUCCCUCCUGGCGCGACGUUCGGCGGUACCUCGCUCGGUUUCUGGAGAUCAUCACGCGCUGGCCGGACACGCCUAAGUCAUUGGUGGACGCGCGGGUCGAUCACGAUGACUGUACUGUGGAUUAUUUCGAAACCGUCCAGCGCGAAGCUGUCGCAUACUACGUACGCACUUUCGUGGCCCAUUUCCACCGUUUGCCCAUUCCUCCCAUACGUGUCCCUGCGAGCUUGUUGAAUUCGGACGAGUAG